AGGAUUAAUUACAAGCGUUACAAUAGCUGUUGCCUUGACAACCCACCACUUGUGAAACUGGUUUUGGUUCGGCCUAGUUUGACGAAGCUUCUGGCUUAUUGUUUCAGUCGCGGUUGGAUCGUAACGCAAAUGCUAGUCAGUUUACCAGCAUGAUUUUACGCGUUUGUUUUAAAUUAAUCCGAAGGAGAGACGUUGUCACUUGUCCUGGCUUAUAGGAUGUUUUCCGCGAUUUUCCAGGAGGAUUUUAGAAGAUGAAACUCCAGCCGUACUCAGCCUGGCCGUGGAGACGGCUCCUGGUGUACCUUCUCACUACCGUCGCCUGUGUCUGUAUCGUCGCCAAAACCUUUCACCUUUACAGAGCACAUUCAAAUGACGCAGAUCCAGAGGCAGGCGUGCCUCUCACUGGAAGAUCUAAGCUAAAAACAACAUGGACAUUCGAUGGCUCGGAAAAGGAAAGGCGACUGUCUCCUUCUGAAGAAAAGUUGAAAGACACUGACGUUGUAGGUCUGCAGUUCGCAAAUAAGCAUGGACAAAAUGACGGUAUACCGAAGGGAACAACAAUUGACAACACUCCCACGGAAAGACAUGAAAAUACGCCAGAAAGAGACGGUAUUCGCAAAUUUAGGAAUACAUAUAAUGAAUCUGUAAAUAGAAAUGAAGAUCUCUUUCAAAAUUACCUUUCAACAUGGAAGGAUGUAAAAAGUAAGAUAAAGAAGAUAAAAAUGCAAACUAGAAAUGUGGAAAUGAAACAAAGUACAGGACAAGGCAUAGAGUACAAAGAACUCACUGAAAGUCUUUCAACGAAAAAGAAAGAUUUUUUAAAUCUGAUUUUCAUAGGAUCAGAAAAUGACAAAGAAGGAGGACAACAAAAGAUCUCCCAAACAGCCGAAGCAAAGGCAAGAAAUAGAAGAGAAAGCCACAUGGAACCUAUACAGACAACAGCAGAAAGUGUGACCUAUGUUGUUACCUCAGAGCAACAAACAGAAAUUCCUACAAUGCAAGCAUCAACUGAGCACAAUACCGUGACCUCUUCACAUCAUGAGACCACGGAAAGAGGGGUAACGAUAAUGCAGACCAGCACAGAAGAGCUAAGUACAGCUGUUACAGCAUCACAAGAUCAAACAAGCAAGGUUCAGAAUACAGCAUAUUUUUCAACUGAAACAACGGAAGAAAGCAGUUCCACAGCAAGCAGCUCAACAAUAUAUGCCCAGUCAAGUUCAUUUACAAAAUCAACACCAGCAGACCGAAGUACAUUAAUCCAAGACACUCAGUUUCCCACAUUGAAGGCAACAACCGAAGAGAGCACAUUGGCAUAUACUUUGAAAGAGACCACGGUGUCAGGUGAACAAACAAUGCAGACCUACCCAACGGCAUCGACGGCGGCAACAUCUUUAGCGCAAAAUGACAAAACUACGAUUCUUAGCACGUCGAAUGGUCCUUCCACUGUUGUGGAACCUGGAGCAGAAUCCACACUGACAGGCCAAAGUACGACUGCUAAAGUAACAAAUCUUCCUACAACAGAACAAGGCACUUUGACGUCAAGCUUUGUAGAGACCACAGCGGUCAGUACAGCAAGAACACUUAGACCGUCUUCCGCCACGUCUUUAACACCUAGUGCUACAGCAAGCACAAUCGUUGGCACGACGGAAGGUCAUUCCACUGUUAUGGGAACUACAGCAGAAUCUACACUGGCAGACCAAAGUACAUUCCCCCAAGGAACUCAGUUUUCCUCAUUGCAGCCAACAACAGAAGAAAGCCCUCUGACAUCUACAUUGUCCGGUGAACAAACAGUGCAGAGCGACAUAAUUACAGCGGCGACAGCAACGACUCUAGCGCAAAGUUACACAACUACGAUUAUUAGAACGUCGGUGGGCCAUUCGACUGUCUUGGAGACUACAGGAGACUCUACACUAGCCGACCAAAGUACGGCCACACAAAGAACCAGAUUUCCCACUGUGCGGGGUACGACGGAGCAAAGUACCUUUCCGUCUACAGUAUCGCCUUCAGUCACGUCUCCAACACAGAGUGCCACAAGCACAAUUGAUAGAACGUCUGAAAGUCAGUCCACUGUGAUGGAGACUACAGCACAUUAUUCGACUGGCACAACAGAAGGCGUUUCACACACCAGCGGUGCUAAAACGUUAGACCAAAGAUCUACGCAUAUAACAACGCAACCCACGAUGAAAUCCACGAAGGAGCAAAGUACCGUGGUACCAACGAUUGAAACAUCAACUCUUGAAGAGACUACAGUGCCUGGUACAACUGUAAAGCGGACAAGCACAAUUGGACCGUCUUCCGCCUUAUUUUCAACAAACAAUGCUACAAGUACUUUUGUCAGCACUUCUGAAGGUUUUCCAACUGAUGCACAAACGACAGAACAUUCUACGGCAGACAGAACAAUUGAGCUUAGUUCUACCUACAGAGGGUCAAGAACUUCAGUCCAGCCUACAACGGUUUUUAAAACUACUCCGGUAGACCAAAGAACGACAACGCAAAGAACCACAGUUCCGACCCUGCCGGUAACAACAGAGCAAAGCACUUUGACCCCAACCUUGCCAGAGACAAGCGUGGCUAGUACAACAACGGAGAGGGCUAGCUCAUUCGAAUCGUCUUCCGCCACAACAAUGCUUUCUGAAUCUACACCGAUGGACAAAAGCAAGACCACGCAAAGAACCACAGUUCCUACUCUGUCGGUAACAACAGAAGCAAGCACUUUGUACUCAAUUUUUGAGGAGACGACAGUGGCUGGUGCAACAACAAAGUGGGAUAGCACAUUUGAAUCAUCUUCUGCUAUAUCUUCAACACUCAGUGCCACUAGUACAAACAUUGGUCCUUCCACUGAUGCAGGAACUACAGGGCAUCCGUCGAUUGGCACAACAUAUGGAUCGACCUCAAGCAGCCCCAAAACAUCAGUCCCAACCACAAAACGUUUCGAAUCUACAUCGGCAGAUCAAAGCACGACCGGGAAAAGGACCAAAUUCUAUACAAUGCCUGCUACUACAGAACUAGCAACUGCGACUUCAACUCUUAAAAAGACCACAGUGGAUGUAACAACCGCACAAAGAACGACAGUUCCUACACUGCCGGUAACAACAGAGCAAAGCACUCUGACCUCAACGUUGGCAGGGACCACAGUUGCUAGUACAACAACAAAUACUAAAAGUACACUUGUCAGCACUUCUGAAGGGCAUUCAACUAGACAGUCGACAGAAUAUUCUUCAGCAGGUACCACCUUUGAACCAAGCUCCACCACUAGCAGAUCAAGAACGUCAGUCCAUUCGACAACGUUUUCAGAAUCUACACCGGUGGACCAAGGUACGACGGCAAAAAGAACCACAGUCCCUACACUUCCGGUAACUACAGAACAAAGCACCUUGACCUCAACCUUAGCAGAGACCACAGUGGCUAGUACAACAACGGAGAGGGCUAGCACAUUUAAAUCGUCUUUUGCCACGACAACGCUUUCUGAAUCGACACCGGUGGACGAAAGCACGACCGCGCAAAGAACGACAGUUCCUACUCUGGCGGUAACAACAGAGCAAAGCACUCUGACCUCAACGUUGGCAGGGACCACAGUUGCUAGUACAACAACAAAUGCUAAAAGUACACUUGUCAGCACUACUGAAGGGCAUUCAACUGGACAGUCGACAGAAUAUUCUUCAGCAGGUACCACCUUUGAACCAAGCUCUACAAGCAGCAGAUCAAGUACGUCAGUCCAUUCGACAACAUUUUCUGAAUCUACACCGGUGGACCAAGGUACGUCGGUACAAAGAACCACAGUCCCUACACUGCCGGUAACGACAGAACAAAGCACCAUGAUGUCAACCUUAGCAGCAACCACCGUGGCUAGUACAACAACGAAGCAAACUAGCACACUUGGAUCGUCUUCCGUCAUACCUACAACAGAAAUUUCUGAAAGCACACAUGUUGCCACAUCUUUAAGGCACUCAACUGGUCGACAGUCUACAGAACAAUCUUCAGCAAGCACACUGGUAAAAGAAGGCUCUACCGCACAAAGAACCACAGUUCCUACACUGCCUAUAACUACAGAGCAAAGCACUUUGACCUCAACUUUGGCACAGACUACUUCGGCUAGUUCAGCAGGGGAGAGGGCUAGUACGUUGGAAUCGUCUUCCGCCACGACAACGCUUGCUGAAUCUACACUGAUGGACAAAAGCACGACGGCGCAAAGAACCACAGUUCCUACACUGCCGGUUACAAUAGAGCAAAGCACAUUGGCCUCAACCUUGGCAGAGAUCACCGUCGCAAGUUCAACAAUGGAGAGGGCUAGCACGUUUAAAUCGACUUCCGCCACGUCUACAACACCCAGUGCUACAAGCACAGCCCACGACACGUCGAAAGGUCAUUCAACCUUAUCGCAGACCACGGGACAUCCGUCCACGGCCACAACAUACGGCACGAAAACGACCACAAGCAGCCAAGGAACUCCAGUCUCAAUAACAACGCCUGCAGAAUCUACAUCGACAGAUCAAAGUAGCGCCACGCAAAGAACCACAUUUCGUACAGUGCCGGCAACCACUGAGCGAAGCACUGCUACAUCAACUCUCGAAGAGACCACAGUGGCUACUACAUCUCCAGAGCAGACAAGCACAAUUGGCUUGUCUUCGGCCGCAUCUUCGACAGAACGUGCUGAAAGUACACUUUUCAGCACUUCUGGUGGGUAUUCAACUGGACAUUCGACAGGAUAUACUUCAGCAGGCACCACAGUUGAACUAAGCUCCACAAGCAGCAGAUCAAGUACGUCCGUCCAUUCGACAACGUUUUCUGAAUCUACAGCGGUGGACCAAGGUACAACGGCACAAAGAACCACAGUUCCUACACUGCCUGUAACAACAAAGCAAAGCACUCUGACCUCAACAUUGGCAGAGACCACCGUGGCUAGUGCAACAACGGAGAGAGCUACCACAUUUGAAUCGUCUUCCGCCACGACAACGCUUAAUGAAUUCACACCGAUGGACAAAAGCACAACCGCGCAAAGAACCACAGUUCCUACACUGCCUGUAACUACAGAGCAAAGCACUUUGACAACAACUUUGGCACAGACUACUUCGGCUAGUACAACAAGGGAAAGGGCUAGUACAUUGGAAUCGUCUUCCGCCACCACAAUGCUUGCUGAAUCUACACUGAUGGACAAAAGCACGACGGCGCAAAGAACCACAGUUCCUACUCUGGCGGUAACAACAGAGCAAAGCACGUUGACCUCAACCUUGGCAGAGACCACCGUCGCAAGUACAACAAUGGAGAGGGCUAGCACGUUUAAAUCGACUUCCGCCACGUCUACAACACCCAGUGCUACAAGCACAAGCCACGACACGUCGGAAGGUCAUACUACCGUAUCGCAGAGCACGGGACAUCCGUCCACGGCCACAACAUACGGCAUGAAAACGACCACAAGCAGCCAAGGAACUUCAGUCUCAACGACAACGCCUGCAGAAUCUACAUCGACAGAAGAAAGUAGCACCACACAAAGAACCACCUUUCGUACAGUACCGGCAACCACUGAUCGAAGCACCGCUACAUCAACUCUGUUUGAGACCACAGUGGCUACUACAUCUCCAGAGCAGACAAGCACAAUUGGAUUGUCUUCCGCCGCAUCUUCGACAGAACGUGCUCAAAAUACACUUGUCAGCACUUCUGAAGGGUAUUCAACUGGACAGUCGACAGGAUAUACUUCAGCAGGCACCACAGUUGAACUAAGCUCCACCACUAGUAGAUCAAGAACGUCAGUCCAUUCGACAACGUUUUCUGAAUCUACACCGAUGGACCAAGGUACCACCACGAAAAGAACAACAGUUCCUACGCUUCCGGUAACAACAGGGUCAAGUGUGUUGAUGUCAAGCUCUGCAGAGACCACGGAAACAGCAAGCACCCUUGGGUUGUCUUCAGCCGCAGCAUCGUCAUACAGUGCCAUGACUGUCUAA